CACCUGCAAGAGAGACACCACUGAAUAUGCAUUCUUCUACUUUUCCAGCACAGACGGAACACAGUUGCAGACAAAGUGGCUUGAGAAGGUCUCAAAUACUCAAUGAAAUAAUGCUUUUAUCCAUCAGCCAGAAACAGUAGCUACACUACUUGGAUUCCCCUUUGUAACCAGAGUUAUAUUGUCACAGCAGCUCUAUCAGCUCGGCCUCUAGAGGGACCACUUUUUGGAACCGAUGCAGACCCCCCCCCAGAUCCUCACUGUCAGUGCCUGCGCCUGGGUCAGCAGUUUCUGCCGGCUUGGAGAAAUUGGGACAAGUGACUCCCUGGAGGUCUCUGAAACGAUGUCAGUCAGCGUUCACGAGAACCGCAAGUCCCGGACCAGCACGGGCUCGAUGAACAUCUCCCUGUACCACAAGCCCUCCCAUCCAGACAGCGUGCUGACCCAUCUCAACACCCUCCGUAAGCAGUGCAUGUUCACCGACGUUACACUAUGGGCGGGAGACCGCUCCUUCCCGUGCCAUCGAGCCGUCCUGGCCGCAUGCAGCCGCUACUUUGAGGCCAUGUUCAGCGGAGGGCUGAGGGAGAGCGUGGACGAGGAGGUGAACUUCAGAGACAGUGUCCAUCCAGAGGUGCUAGAGCUGCUGCUGGACUUUGCCUACUCAUCGCGAGUCAUCAUCAACGAGGAGAACGCGGAGUCGUUGCUGGAGGCGGCCGACAUGCUUCAGUUCCAUGACAUCCGAGACGCUGCCGCGGAGUUCCUGGAGAAGAACCUGCACUCAUCCAACUGCCUGGGCAUGAUGCUGCUGUCAGACGCCCACCAGUGCAAACGGCUGUAUGAGCUGUCCUGGAGGAUGUGCCUGGUGCACUUUGAGACGGUGCGGGACACAGAGGACUUCUACGGCCUCGACAAGGACAAGCUGUUGGAUCUGAUCCUCAGUGAUGAGCUGGAGAUUGAGGACGAGCAGAUCGUAUUCACCGCCGUGAUGCGCUGGGUGCACUACGACCUGGACGGCCGUAGGGACUACCUCCCUGAGUUGCUGCGAGGCAUCCGGCUUGCCCUUCUGCCCUCUGAGUGUCUGAUCGAUGCCGUGGCCUGCGAGCUGGUGACGUCAGACAAGCGGAGCCAGCAGAUAGUGGAGGAGGCCAUGCAGUGUAAGAAGAAGAUCUUCCAGAACGACGGGGUCGUCACCAGCCCCUGUGCCCGGCCACGCAAAGCAGGCCACACGCUUCUCAUCCUGGGAGGACAGACCUUCAUGUGCGAUAAGAUCUACCAGGUGGACCACAAAGCCAAGGAGAUCAUUCCCAAGUCAGACCUGCCCAGCCCGCGGAAGGAGUUCAGUGCCUGUGCCAUUGGCUGUAAAGUCUAUGUGACCGGGGGGAGGGGCUCUGAGAACGGGGUGUCAAAGGAUGUUUGGAUCUAUGACACAGUCCAUGAGGAGUGGUCUAAAGGAGCGCCCAUGUUGAUAGCACGUUUUGGCCAUGGCUCAGCUGAAUUGGAGAACUGCCUGUAUGUGGUAGGUGGUCACACUGCCAUAGCAGGCGUCUUCCCUGCCUCUCCCUCAGUCUCCCUAAAACAGGUAGAGCGCUACGACCCGCUCACCAACAAAUGGACCAUGAUGGCGCCUCUCCGAGACGGCGUCAGCAACGCCGCCGUGGUUAGCGCCAAGCUAAAGCUGUUUGUGUUCGGUGGCACUACCAUCCACAGAGACAAAGCCUCGAAGGUUCAGUGCUACGACCCUCUGGAAAACCGCUGGGCCAUCGCGGCAGAGUGUCCACAGCCGUGGAGAUACACGGCCGCCGCCGUCUUGGGGAGCCAGAUCUUUAUCAUGGGCGGAGACACAGAGUUCACGGCCGCCUCUGCCUACCGCUUUGACUGUGAGGCCAACCAGUGGUCUCGGGUUGGGGACAUGACCUCUAAACGAAUGAGCUGCCAUGCGGUGGCCUCUGGGAACAAACUCUACGUGGUGGGGGGCUACUUUGGGACACAGCGCUGCAAGACGUUAGACUGUUAUGACCCCACGUCUGACAGCUGGAACAGUAUAACCACAGUGCCUUACUCUCUAAUUCCUACUGCAUUUGUAAGCACCUGGAAACAUCUGCCUGCCUAGCAAACUUCAGCAUAAACCGGGAGAGGUCGUCCUAUCUGGGUGUCACGUGUCCGGCUGUAGCGACUGAUAGCAGCUUGCUGGGGCUUGCCUGACUGCAGCACAACGUGACGUGUCCAGCUUAUACGGUUCCGCGAGGGUUGCUCGGCUGUACCAGCUCUGCCGUCAACAACAAAUCACUCUGUAAAGAGCGUUUCAGAUGACCAGGGUGGGGGGUAGUCCAACACCCUGACGUAGGCCAUUCGUGGCUUCUAUUUCCUGACAGCACAAAGACAUCCACAAUAUGCUUCCUAACCGUCUUAUUAAUGGAGAGAUACAGACACUUUACAGACAGCUUGCUUUGGUAUGUUGCUCAGUAUUUCUCACUGACGCCAUUUGGAAAUGUCUUCUUUUGAAGGACUGAUCCACUACUACAUAAUUCCACCUCUUAACCGGGGCGAUAUCAUUAUGGACUUUUUUUGGUAAAUGAUAAUCGAUGAAUGACAGAAAGGAGGAACACUUGAUUCCACUGUAUGUGGUGGAUUCUGUCUUUUUCCACACAGGGUUCAUGACCUUGGCAAACAUAUCUAACAAACAGCCAUACGGUGGAAGACAACUUUACAACAACAUAAAACGUACAUUUAAGGAAACUAAUAAUUACUGUAUUUACUUAAUAUCUGUGAAACAGUUCAGCCUGGAACACCACAGCACAAUUUACUAUUGUAGACCUCAUCAUCUCAGUAUUUCCUGAAGGUAUGAAUCAUACAUAAUAUGCAUUGUGGUUUAUCUGUUUUAGUGAUACUGCAUUUGCACUUGGCACUAUACAUUUGAUAAUGGGUAAAUGAGGGUACUAAGCUUUGAUACUGGGUAUUUUCUUCUCUGAAUUUGGUUUAUUUCGGGAGUAUGUAUGGAAUGACAACCGGCACAGAAGCUACAACCCGUUUCUCCAGCAGCCCCUUAUAGGAACAGGGGGAACUUAACAAACAUUUUAAUGAUAAAGACUUACUUUUUAAAUGGCAGUUUGAGGGGUGCCUUUUAAAGACUGUAAUAAGGCCCCCUUGUAAACUGAAUUCAUUGUGCCUAAUACUGGUAGAAAGGUAUGUCAUAAAUUCACUCUGUUGAAGUGUUUGAAUAAAUGACUUUUUGAUGCA